AUGGAGGUUUGUAUCGACGACAUGCUCGCCAAAUCCCUCCAAGCGAAGGAUCAUGUUUCACAUCUCGAGGAAUGUUUCGCGCAGCUAAAUUCCCAUGACAUGAAGCUCAACUCGAGAAAAUGCAGGUUUGCCCCCACAUCUUAUUUAUUACCGUUUCACGAUCAAACAGACUUCUCGAUUCCAAACCUCAAACCGGCAAGUCCGGAGUGGGACUCGGUGAGAGCCCAAGUACGAACAGCCCUAGAAGAGUACGGAUGUUUCGAGGCCUUGUUCAACGGAGCUUCAGUGGAGCUACGGAAGGCGCUGUUCGAGGCCUCGGAGGAAUUUUUUGAUUUACCUCUUGAAACUAAACUGAGAACAAAGUCUGACAAACUCUACAAAGGAUACGCUGGUCAGAAUUCGACUCUACCUUUAUACGAGGCUAUUGGCUGUGACGGUGCAAAUAAUCCUCAAAUUGUCGACGAAUUAACCUACAAGCUUUGGCCUCAAGACGUGAAGGUGAGGACGAUGAUCAUGGAGAGUUUCGGUCUCGAGAAAUACGUCGAGGAGCACCUUAACUCAGCGAGGAAGCACUUUCGUGUCAUCAAAUAUAGAGGACUUAACGAAAACGCAGAGGAGCAGCCAGGCCUCAACCCUCAUACCGAUAGCCAUUUCCUUACAAUACUUUGUCAAAAUGACGUAGUAGAUGGCGUGGAGAUCAAGGCAAUGUAUAGAAAGGCCAUGUAG